AUGCUGGAUGAAAGAAAAGCCUUGGAAAGCCUUAAACUGUACCUGAUGGGAGAGUCUAGUCAGAGCUCAGAAGACCAGAAAGCUGGACCUGUGAUCUGCAGAAUGCUGACUUAUCCCCCAACUCGCCGAGCUUUAAUUGUGGGUUGUGGCCUACAAAUGUUCCAACAGCUCUCAGGCAUUAACACCAUCAUGUACUAUAGUGCCACCAUCCUGCAGAUGUCUGGUGUGGAAGAUGACAGACUCGCAAUAUGGUUGGCUUCAGUGACAGCUUUCACAAACUUCAUUUUCACACUUGUGGGAGUGUGGCUCGUUGAGAAAGUGGGCCGCAGAAAGCUUACCUUCGGGAGCUUAGCAGGCACCACUGUAGCACUUGUUGUUCUUGCCUUGGGAUUUCUGCUCUCGGCCCAGGUUUCCCCACGUGUCACUUUGAAGCCUGUCGCUCCCUCGGGUGAAAAUGAUACUUGCACAAGAUACAGCUACUGUAAUGAAUGCAUGUUGGAUCCAAACUGCGGCUUCUGCUACAAGAUGAACACAUCAGCCGUCAUUGACUCCUCCUGUGUUCCCGUUAAUGAAGCAUCCACUACCGAGGCAGCCUGGGGCAGAUGUGAAAAUGAAACCAAGUUCAAAACAGAAGAAGUAUUUUGGGCUUACAAUUUCUGCCCUACUCCAUACUCCUGGACUGCGCUUCUAGGCCUUAUUUUGUAUCUUGUUUUCUUUGCACCUGGGAUGGGACCGAUGCCCUGGACGGUGAAUUCAGAAAUAUAUCCCCUCUGGGCGAGAAGCACAGGAAAUGCAUGUUCAUCGGGAAUAAACUGGAUUUUCAAUGUUUUGGUGUCACUGACGUUCUUGCACACAGCAGAAUAUCUUACAUACUAUGGAGCCUUCUUCCUCUAUGCUGGAUUUGCAGCCAUGGGACUUCUUUUCAUCUAUGGCUGUCUUCCUGAAACCAAAGGGAAGAAGUUGGAGGAAAUUGAAUCCCUCUUUGACCACAGGCUAUGCACAUGUGGUACCUCCGAUUCUGAUGACGGGAGAUACAUUGAAUACAUUCGGGUGAAGGGAAGUAACUACCAUCUGUCUGACAAUGAUGCUUCUGAUGUAGAAUGAUGUAGUUACCUAAGUCAGUGUAGGAGAGAGACAGCAGCUGGUAACCUCACUGCCCUCUUCCUGAUGUUGUUCUUUCUGGUCCCAUUCCAAGUGACUUUCCUGUUCUAGAAGCAGCCUUGAUAUUUUUUUCACAAACAAAAAUUUUUUAAAAAAAUUUUAAUCUAGUAAUUCUGAAGCAAAUGUAAUUCCUUCCCAAGAAAGUCUGAAAUGAAUCCUAUACCCAGUGACUUCAGUAGUACCCUUUUUUCCAAGAACAUAUGUAAUCAGUGGCAAGAGGGUCCUUGCACAUCUAGCCAGUUGCUAUACAUUUAUAGAGGAUGCUGUGAGCUGGUCCAAGGGUGUUCUACUUCAGAACAAGGCCUAUUCACCCUAAUUUUUUUGCAUGACUAGUAGCUUAUCUGUGGUCAGCUGACAGAAAGCAAGUUGUAUGCCAGCUUUCAUCAACAACGUGGGAAGGAUGUUCUCCACGGCGCAGCUGCCACAUCUCCUCUAGAGGGCACAUUCUGGCUCCUCUCCCAUGUCAGACACUGAGAGCUCGUCAGAGGCCGGCUGGCUCCACAGGAUCUUCUGGACAUUAUGAAAAGCAGGACUUUGGGGAUUAUUUUCAUACAUUCUUUGCAUCCAUGAUAAGUAUAUUUGCACAGAUAAGCUAGCAAGUUUUGAUAAGUAUAUUUUAUUGUCAAAGAAAGAAAGAAAAGAUUUUUAUAGAGCCCUAAUUCAUUAUCCACUCAGAACUGCAAUUGUAAAUGAAAACUAGUGCCAGGUUUUUAACUGUAUUUCAGGGUCAUUUUUUGUUCAUGCCAAACUCACACCAUCAUUGGCUCUGGAGUCCUACACUCUUUUGUGCCUUCAUGGGUGUUAUAUAAAUAGCUGCUAGAAUAUUUUUAUUCCCUUUCUUUUAAUCAAACAGUAAUUUCUGAAAUGAGAGGAAGGAAAUCAGCAUCAGAAACAGUCCUAUUACUCAUGUUUAAUUAAAAUCACGGGACUUAUUUUUCCUUUACUUUUUAUUAACUCCUACUACGGCAAUUGUCACAUUUUAUUGUGUAUGUCUUUUUUUACUAUAAGAAUGUGAACUUUUUAUUUUGCACAUUUUUUUUUCAUUUUCUUACAGUUUACCAAAAAUCAAAGACACUUAGGUUUUCUCUUUAUCCCAUGGUUGGUUUUGUUUUUCUUGUCUAAAAAUUGAGAUUUUUUUUUUCCUAUGGGAACACAUAAAUGAUUCUAGAAUGUCACAUGUCUAUAAGAAAUACUGGCUUACUGAAAAGACAUUUCUGUACUGUAUUUUUUAAAACGUUUUCUCUGGUUUCUAUGUUUGUUCAUCACUAAAUGCUUAAUUAUUGCCCUGCUACUAGGAACUGUACAGUACAUACAAAAUUACUUGCCCACAUUGCAAGUUUAUUAAAAAUAUGAAUAAAUUGUCUGCAGCCAGUUAUAAAUACAUCUAAUGGUAUGCCAUAUUUGGAGCAAAAAGGUGGCUCUCAAUAAAUGCAAAUUAUUUCUGCCCAUCUCCAAAACACUCUGUUCUUAGUUUGGCUUGUGCAAACUAAUUUUGGCUUCAGCAAGCUAAAAUAUUGCGCUAAGGAAGCACAGUCCCUGUGUCACCAGAGGAACUUAAAUCAGUCACUUCAGUGCCCUAAAAACCUUUCAACCAAAAAAGUCCGUUUGAUCAUUUCAUAGUAACAAAUGUAGUGUUUCAGAAAGUAGUUUUUCCUUGUAUUAGGUGCUUUGACGACUGAUUCUCCCCAGAACAGCAAACAGGGAAAAUUGUGUUAUGGAUAUUUCUUACCCCAUAAAAAAUUCCUUAUCUGUGUAAUAUUUUAACAGAUAAAAUGAAUGUGAGCAAUUAUGUGAUAAAAUUACAUUGCAGGGAGAAAAAUAUUUUGAGCAGUAGUCUCUUUACAAACUUAUUUUUCUGAUUUGUUCAAAUUAAUGCCUCAAUCCUCCUUAUUAUGUACAUAGCCUUAAUUAUACACUUACACUCAGCUGGGCUGAUGCACACUAACUUUAUUAAAGGAGCAACCUAACUGACUAUUUCCUGAAGCAGAACAUGGCUGUCCUCCCUGACCUAACCAAGUACUUUCAACUUUGUAUCCAUAAAUACACAUAACAGGGAAAGCCAGCCAGUCCUCAGCACGCUUCCCCUCAGCCCCUUCCUUAAAAGACUAUCUGCUAUUUAUAUGGUGAUAAUACUAUUCCAUAGGUUAGAAGUAAAAGGCAGAAAGGUACAGUAUAAGAAUUAUUUAUAACUUUUUAAAAAUUACUUGAAAAACAUUUGUAGUACAUUAUAAAAUUUAAAAUUUGCAGUUUUUUUAUAUUUCACACCUUUUAUGUUCUCAGUGUUUUUGUCUAUCAACUUAGAAACAUCCCCUCUGAGAUAUUAUCAAAUAUAUAUAUUUUUUCUUAGAUAAUUUGUAUGAUGUGAUUUGACCUGCCACAUUCAAACAGACACUGAUCAAGCAUCAGCUAAAAUUACAGGUUUCCUUCUAAACAUGCUGCAGAUUCAAUGGAAGUAUAUUUGUUUUAGGAAAAUAUAGUGGAAAGGGUCACAGACACUUCCGAGGCUUAGCUGCAUGGCUCAUCACUGGAACUGAAAGAUGCCAUUUGCUACACAGAAACACACGGCACUGAAAGAGGCGGCAGAAGGGCUUGCGGUUGGCAUCCGCUUCUGCGUAAGCAUUCCUGACAAUCUCGCUGCGUUUCAGUCAGUCAUUAUCUAAACACUUUCAUCUAUGGAAGAUGGUUCCAUUUUAGGUUUUGUCCCCAGCCAUACAUUAGCAGUUUCCUGAGAGUGCAAUGGGAAUGAUAUGAAGGUCUUUUUCAUAAUUUUCCAUCAAACUAGACUUCAGUACAAUCUAAAUACUAUUUUUAAGUUACCUACUCCAAAACAGUACCUCAGACCAAGGAAUUUAUCAAAUUUUUACUGUAAUUUCAGUAUGUGUUAAACAGAAAGAUGAUUGGGAAAAACAGAACUUGUCAGCUUACUCUUGUUCUUAACUGGCAAUGUGAAACUGCAAUGUAUUCUGAUAGCCCGUAGAUUCCGGAGCUGAAAGCGUGGAAUAUUUUAGAAAAUCCCACGUUAUCUCAAUAACCCUCACAACUUAAUUAUUAAUAUUGUUCCUUAGUUCAGAGGUACAGUGGGGAAGUGGAGGAUGGUUGUGACUUGAUAUAAUCCACACCAUUAAGAAGCACGAUUUCUUGUUAUUAGAAUCAGAGUUUCUGUACAAUUUUCUAAGUUAUAUCAAAUUAUCCUAACAAAUGGCUCUUUCAGUUGUUCAAGCAGGUUUUCACAUAGCAGAUCUAGACCACUUCACUAAGUCAGAGUAAAGAAUUAGGUGAUGGAACCAGCUCAGGAGGUGAUUCUUAUUUGCUUUAGAGAAAGUUCUUAUUAAGUUGGGUAAAAUUUACAGUUCAUGUAGCUGCUGCCUAUUAAAAAAAAAAAAAA